GGUAUCUACUCCAGUGAAAGGAUGGCAGGAGUUUUCUCCUACGAGAGUUCAGAACUCGACUGGUGUGAAGACAACUACAAGCACUCAGAACAUGUGGUGGAGUACUUCAACACUAUAAGCAGCUUUUUUUUCUUCAUUAUAUCUCCCAUCAUGCUCUACCUGCUGCACCCUUACGCCAAAGAGAGGAACCUGGCGAUCCACAUAGUCUGGAUCAUGAUGAUAUUUGUAGGGCUCUUCUCAGCCUACUUCCACAUGACUCUCAGUUUCGUUGGCCAGAUGCUGGAUGAGCUGUCAAUCCUGUGGGUGUUGGCGGUGGGAUAUUCUAUCUGGUUCCCCCGCAAACUCUUCCCCUCUUUUAUAAAAGACAGAUCAACAUUUUCGCGGCUCGUCCUGGUGAUUACUAUCAUCACCACAGUGUCAUCGUUUGUCAAACCGACCGCCAAUGCCUACGCUCUGAACUGCUUUGGCCUCCACCUCCUUUACACACUGGCUGUGGAGAUGAGAUGCUGCACGGACCAGAAGGUUCUGCGUUUGGCAAAGCUGUCGGUGGCUCUGUGGGUGCUGGCCAUCUCCUGCUGGAUUAGUGACCGUUUUGGCUGCAGUUUCUGGCAGAGGCUAAACUUUUGCUACCUGCAUGGUAUCUGGCACAUUCUGAUUGUGAUAGCUGUGGCCUAUGGCAGUACACUGAUAGCUUACCUGGAUGCCAACUAUGAGAUACCCUACUCACUGCCCGGAUUGCAGUAUUGGCCUUGUGAUAAAUGGGCUGUUGGGCUUCCUCACAUUGUCUUGAAGGGCACUACCAAAACACAGAAACGCUGCUAA